AUGUAUGUUCACACUGAACGAGUCAGAAAUGCGCUGAGGUAUUUAGUCCAAAACAACAGAUGGUAUGAUGAUGUCAUUUUGAAUGAUCAAUGGUUGAACUCUUUGGAUGGCACUGACCCAAACGACGAAGUGGACAAUCACAACAAAGACGAGGUUGACAACAGUGAUGAAGAAAAUGAUAAUGAAGGAAAUGAAGAAGAAGAAGAUUUGACUUAUAUUAAAGAUCAGAGUGGGCUUGUGUCAGAUACAUCAUUACAACCUGUUGAUGUGGGUUCAGAGAUUGUUGAUCAACAUUUUCAAGACAUACUGAAUAUGGCACCUGCUGAAGGAAAUACUCCCAUUAGCCUGCUAUCUGAUAAGACAAAUGAAGCAAAGUCCUUUCCUGUCCUAUAUCCGUUAGGUGGGCCUACAUUCCAUUCUGAAAGAGAGUCAAAAAUAAGCCUGUCACGAUACUUGAAUACACGGGUACUGAACGCUGACGGACGCUUUGCACGGAACACAGACUUUAUUUUCUAUGCACAAUAUAUUUCAGAAGUCCAACAAGUCCAAUCCAGCAUCCAAAUAGCAUUGCGCAAAGGCUCUCAAAAAGACGUGUCACCACAGACGUUGCUAAACUCUGACUCACUCCAACAAAUAUUGCGGAACGAUGAAGGCUACAAAUUUUUACGUGGUAUUCGUGGCACACCUCCAUACUGGAUGUCAGUACAGAAAGAUUUAUUUGCCAUGAUAAGACAACUCUCUAUACCCACAUUUUUUGCAUCGUUCAGUUCUGCGGAUUUGAGAUGGCCAGAAUUUUUGUCUAGUCUGCAAAGGGUGGAAGGAAAACAACCAAAUGUUUCUGAUCUUGACUGGUCGGACAAAUGUGGACUCAUACGCAGAAACCCUGUGACAGCAGCACGCAUGUUUGACUACCGUUGGCACUCUUUUCUUCGGGAUGUAAUCAUGUCGCCAGCUGAACCUAUUGGAAAAGUAAAAGACUAUUUCUACCGUGUUGAAUUUCAACAACGUGGUUCGCCCCAUGUACAUUGCCUGUUUUGGAUUGAAAACGCGCCAAAGAUUGAUAAGAACAACGAUGCUGAAGUAGCUGCUUUCAUAGACAGAUACAUCACAUGUCACCUUCCUUCAGAAAGAGAUCCAGAGCUUUUUGAGACAGUUAGCAGUGUACAGAAGCACAGCACAAGACAUUCCCGGACUUGCCGAAAACGAAACCAGAUUUGCCGUUUUCAUUUCCCCAGACCUCCGUCAAACCGUACUUUCAUCACAAGAGGUGUUAGCUCAGAGGAGCUGAAUAAUAAUGACGAGGUGAAACGUUCAAGUGAAAUAAUUAACAAUGUCAGAGCUGCAUUAACUGCACCAGAUUUUAAUUCCAAUACAACGGAUGCAUUCUUUCAAUCUCUGGGUAUAGAUCAAAGUAUGUUUGAAAGGGCAUACAAUAUAUGGUCCACAAAGAAGAACAUCGUCAUGAAACGAAAUCCUGCAGAGAUUUGGGUAAACCAGUACAAUAAAGACUUACUUCGAGCUUGGCAAGGCAAUAUGGACAUACAAUUUGUCAUGGAUGCAUUUUCUGCUAGUGUUUAUAUACUUUCCUACGUCACAAAGGGAGAACAGGAACCUGGUUUACUCUUACAACGUACCCAAAAUGAGGCCCGAAAUGGUAACUUGGACGCCAAACAGACAUUUCGGCAGCUUGGAAGUGUGUACCUCCACAACAGAGAAGUUUCAGCUCAAGAAGCAGUGUAUCGUUUAACACAUAUGCACCUGAAGGAAUGCUCACGUGAUGUACAGUACAUUCCCGUUGGUGAAAAUCCCAUGAGAAUGAGUUUACCUUUGCAUGUGCUUCAAACUCAACCUCGUCAACAGUGUGAAGACAACAGCAGCAUUUUCAUGACCAAUAUUGUCGAGCGAUAUGAGAACAGACCUCAGUCGGUUGAAUUUGAAGAUUUGUGCUUGGCCAGUUUUUGUUCAGAAUACAGAGUUCUUUCAAAGUCUCAGGUCAGAGCCUCACAUGACGCAACAGAGCUCAACAACAACUGCGGCUUUGUGCAACGGAGAACACGAUCGCAACCUGCUGUUGUGAGAUAUCCUCGAUUUUCUCCCACACGAGACCCGGAAAAGUACUUCCAUUCUCUGCUGCAACUGUUUUUGCCUCACUAUGAAGCCUGUCACCUUAAACCACCCCCCUACGAGUCAUACGAGCAAUUCUACCAGAAUGGCGCAGUUAAAUGUGGUGGUGUCAUUCAAACUGUCAAGUCAAUUGUGGAUAACAACAGAGCUCUGUUUGAAAAAGAGAGUGAUGAGCUUGACAAAGCUAGGCAGGUACUUUCUGAAGAGAACGUUGACUUGCAAGAUGCAUGGUCUCAUUUGUGCCCAGAGACAGAGCGUGAGCGCCUUCGUUGUUUGGAUCUCAUGAAAGACAAAGUUGUAGCCGAUGAAGAUGAUGAUGACACCACAACAUGUAUCCCUGACCUGACAGCCCACCCGCAAACUGCAUGCUCAUUGGAGACUAAUCAUAUGACGAUGCCCAGACAAGAUGCACUGGAUUUAUUACGAUCACUGAAUGAAGAGCAGUCUAAAAUAUUCUACGCAGUAAGACAUUGGUGUUUGCAGAAAAUUUCCGAAAAGAACCCCAACCCAUUGCGACUGUUUAUCGGAGGUGGCGGAGGAUGUGGAAAGAGUCAUUUAAUAAAAGCCAUACAUUACGAAUCGACGAGAUUAUUGUCCCAGCUUGCUGAUAAUCCAGAGGAGCUCACUGUGCUUCUUACGGCACCUACAGGCGUGGCCGCAUACAACAUCAAUGCCGCGACAAUUCACAACACUUUUUCCAUUGGCGCAAAUGUGAAACUGCCUUAUCAACCUCUUGGUGACGAAAAAGUCAACUGUUUACGAAAUAAAAUGAGGAGCUUGCAAAUUUUGAUAAUCGACGAAGUUUCGAUGGUUGACCAUCGUCUACUGGCCUAUGUCCAUGGUAGACUCCGGCAAAUCAAACAGACUGGUGAUUACUCGCUAUUUGGCAAUGUUUCUAUCAUCUGUGUAGGUGACUUUUACCAGCUGCGACCUGUGAAAGGCACACCUCUUUAUGCUGACAACAAAGGAGCCAACCUGUGGGAGAACAACUUUGAAAUUUUUGAACUGACCACUGUUGUGAGACAACAAAAUGCAGCAUUCGCAGAAACACUAAAUCACCUCAGAGUGCGUAAAAAGAAAGAACCUCUCAACGUCCAUGACGAGCUCACACUGAAGCAGCGUGAAACUGGAGAAGACUCUGAUGUCAUUCACAUUUAUGCUACGAAUGCGGAGGUGCAGGAAUAUAAUGUCCAAAAAUUGAACAAGACGUGUCCAGAUGCAAUCCAAAUACCAGCUCAAGAUUUUGUACGAAAUCCCAAAACUGGAAGAAUGGAAAAAAUGGCUGGCUUCCACACCAAAGUCUUCAAUUCAUGCUUGCCUAAAUGUGUUCAAGUUGGUAUUGGCGCAAGGGUCAUGUUGAAGAAGAACAUAGAUGUGUCCGAUGGCCUUGUCAAUGGAGCAUGUGGCACAGUUGUGGAAAUCAUCAAAGGUGAAGAAGAUGAUGACAUACCGAAGGCCAUUCAUGUGGAGUUCGAAGACCCUAAUGUUGGCAAGAUACAAAGAUCAAAGUCUAAAAGACAUUCCGAACGUUCAACGGUGCUGGAAAUUCAGGAAGACGUAGUCAGUAAUUCCGGUGGUGUGCGAAGGCAAUUUCCCAUUGGUUUGGCGUGGGCUGUGACUGUCCAUAAGUGUCAGGGCCUUACAGUUGAAAGAGCUGUUGUGUCACUGAAAAAGAUCUUUGCUCCUGGUCAAGCAUAUGUUGCACUUAGUCGUGUGAAAAAUCUUGAUGGACUGAUAAUUGAAGAAUUCAAGGAGUCUGCUAUAUUUUGUGAUGAGAAAGUAGAGUCAGCCAUGCAAAGUAUGCCCAAAUUCAGCUACAGAAGGUCUAUUUUGUCUGAUGUUAACACUGUAUGCAGAAUAGCAUUGCAUAAUGUACAGAGUUUGAAGGCUCAUGUUAAGGAUCUCCAAGCCCAUAACGUUCUAAUGAAAGCUGAUUGUAUUUGUUUAACAGAGACAUGGCUAAACGGAGACCCCGGGGACAAGCCACAACUUCCAGCAUACAACUUCGAUCACAAUCCAAGAGUGAGCUGUUAUGAUGACUCCGAACCAAUCUUUGCAGGGCCAAGCUCUUAUGACAUUGCUGUAUUUCGACAAAACUUGAUGCAGGUAAUUGUUGAACUUGAGAAAAACCCUGGGAGGAAAGUCAUAAUGGGAGACUUCAACGAGGACAUCUUUGUAUCAUCUACGAUUGCGAAGUUACUGGAGCAGCAUGGAUACUGUCAGUGCAUGCAAACACCCACCACUGAAAAAGAGAAGGAAGACACCGUCUGUGCUGCCACCAGCUUGGACCGGUGCCCUGAUAAGGCAGAGCAGAUGCCGAACGCAGUCCUGACAUCAGCAUGGAGCCCAGCACGCCACCCUCCUACACUUGCCAUUCCAGUCCUGCCCCCAGAGGACCAUCCAUACCCAUAUCCACUAGCCACAUUGGCCCAGUCCAAAUGA